GAAUUUUCUCGUCCGCCAUUCGAACGUACGAGAUAUCUACUUCGUGAGGUGGUAGUGUUCUAACUUGUUCUCUCUGCAGAUGAUUGUGUAGAUUAUUUAGAUAUCUGAUCUGUUUUCUCAAAUUAGUGGAAUACAAUUCUAUAAAAAUAAGUUAGAGAGUGACGCCAACAAGAUUUUAAAACUAUCGGAAAGGAAUAAAGAAGACACUGUUUUGCGUUGGUGUAAUAAUAACAACGAUAUUCCAAUAUAAACGUGCUACUUUAAAGCGGUUCAGUGACUCUUAUUUUCAACAACCGUAGACGGCUUGAACGAAUGAUUGUUUGUGCCUAGGCGGAAUACCAGAUUUUUAUUUACCGUCCUCUAAAACGACAAGGAUACGUUUAACACUUGAUUGAAUAAAACACAUACGGAACACCCACUGAUUAAAAGAAACCGUUAGUGAUAAUUAACAAUAUACUUUUGAAAACCGUUACAUGAUUAAUGAACAAGAAAUUGUGAGAAAUAGAGAAGGCGAAACAGUUUCGGAUAACUUGUUAAGAGUUUGAAUUUAGCAUUUAUUGACGCUACCUCUUGGUCUUGGUAUGAAAUCUGCUGGAAAGAAAAUGUUUUGAUCCAUAGUCCGCCAUAUUCAGUAUCAAUUAUAUUUGUAUAAUUGGUCGCCAUUUCGUUUGACCUGGUGAAAUUUAUAAUAGUUAGCUUUAAUUGUUUGAAAAGAUAGGAACAAAUGAACUAGUAGCUAUGUCUAGUGGUGCGAAUAAAGCGCCAAAACACAACGACUUCGCACCACCUUGGCUCAAGGUACACGAUGGGUUACCUCAAUGUACUCGACCAACUUCAGAAAUUAGGAAUAGGGACGAAAAUAAUAAACGUGAAUGCUACACAGUUGUUUCAUCCAACGUGUUAUUUUCCAGUCCUGAAAAUAGAUGGAGGGAACCAGCAAGAAGACAAAAGUCUUUCGAUAACAAAAAAGAAGUUUCUCAGAACAGUCAACCACGACAUCAUUCCACUUCAUUAGAUGAUUCAAUAAACCAGACAAAUCGGAAACUCAGCGUCUCUCGUUCGAAUAAAUUUAGUAAAAGAACUAACGGUAUUGAAUAUGACCCUAGACCAGUUACUAGCAUCACUCGAUCGAGAUCUGCGAGGCCGGCUUGUCAGAAUAUUGAAAAUCCUUCUCUGGAAAUAGAAGAUCGUCCGGAAGUUGAUGUCUUGCAAAAACCAUCUUUGGAUGAGGAAUUUCCAUCAUUAAGUUUGGAUGAUAAAACUGGUGCUUCAGUCACUUCUACUUUGCCGGUAUUAAUUAAGCCGAGUGGGGUAUGGGAAAAACCGCUGAAAACUGAUAAGUCUCCGUCUUCGUCUAAGUCUAAAGAAGUUGAAAAUAAACCGACGAUGUACAAGGCUUCCCUUAGUAACAAAAACCGAGCUCGACUACCACUGCAGUCUGAUAAUAUUGCUCCACCCUACUCUUCCACUGUAGACAUCCCUCCAAAAUUAAAACCCACAACGAGUACGACAGAAAAUGGUGUGAAGAACGAGCGGGAAGCUACUGAAGCACGAUUAUCGAACUCUCUAGAAAAAGAGAAAAAGUUAUUAAGAGAUAUGGGAUGGACUGAAGAUGAAAAUGGAGAAGAGUAUAUUAUAACAGAAGAAGAUAAAAAAGAAUUUGAAAUGAGAUGUAAAAACCUGUACAGUCGUAGUCGAAAUGGUCAGACGAAUAAUGUAUCAGAACAUGCUAUCGUAAACGCUCUUCGUCGUCUAAGAAAUUCUUCCUCAUCGUCUGCUUCGUCCUGA